AUGGCAGGCUUCUUCUCGAGGCUAAAGGGCAAAGAUGGCCCAUCCAAAGUAAACAAGAAGAAGGGCGCACAGCAGGAGAACGUCGCGGCGCCACCACCAAAGCCACGAUGGGAUGAUGCGUGGACGAGGACAAGCGUUGAGCCAGAUGAGGUACAGGAGCUGCUCCGCGGCUGCACUUUGGAGUUGAAGUCAAGAGGCCUGGAUACACCUUUCCUCCUCCUCCCAUUUCGACCGACGUCAGAUCCCAGCGCCGCGCGGAAUUUUAUUCGAACUUUCUUUAGCGAUCGCGGCUCGCUAUAUGGAGAGGGAUUGGCACAUGAGUUGCGAUUGACGGAGCCUAUGGUGCUAUGCAGUGUAGUGAAAUGGUGCUGGAGCAGAUUACCGGGAGGAGUGGUAUCAUGGGAGGCAUACGAGCUAUUCAAAGUUGGCGAGUCCGAUUCGAAUAUGGCCCGGGAUUCUUUUGCGACUUUCAUCCCACUAAGUGUCGAUACAGAUUCCAGGACUAAGAUCAUCUUUGAUUUCUUUGAUCUACUUUCCGCGAUUGCAGCACAUGCAAAGACAAAUGGGCUUGGUGGAAGGAAAUUGUCUAGAUUAGCGGGCUGGUGGGCAUUUGAGCAUUCGGAUGGAGGAAAUGGUUUUGAAGGGGGUUACAAAGGCUGGACAGCUGCUGCAGAUGCCGCAAGUCAUCUAUUCUUUGCGUACCUUCGAUCCCUGUCGCCGGAAUCCAUCGUAGGACUAAAUGGAAUCUCGACUCUACCUAUGUCACUUCAAAAGUUGGUUCAGGAGACGGAAUACCCACCCCAGAGGCCAUCACUCCUGCAGUCAUCCACGACCAAAGUUGUGAUGAUAGUUGAUUCAGUCUCGCCAACUCCUUUCGCACUCUUGCGCCGCGCAAAUCACUUCCAAUACAGGGAUGACGAUCGAGCGCUACAAGAAUUCGCUGAUUUUGAAGACCCGGUGAAAGCAUUGACGGACGAAUGUCGUCGAGUGCUGAAGUCCAUCUCUACAGCAAAUCAAUCGCAGGUGUCGACUUCCAAGGACUCGACUGGCUUAAAGGAUGCUUCGUGGUCCAGAUUCGAAGAUAUCGGCUUCUCUGCUGGAUUUGAUGAGCUUGAAGAGGAUGAGGACAGCAGCUUUGCAAAGAAGCGUCAACCACAAGGGUUAAGGACAACCCCACACUCUAGAAAUAUGGCUGGUGGCCGACCUACAACCCCAUCCUGGGCAGAUUUUCUCUCGUCCGGCUUCGUCGACGAGGCCCAGAAUGGACCAGCGCCGUUAUUAUUACCUCCUGAUAAAGUCCUCCCUCCCAUUGAUACCCGAGGUAGAAGUUCGCAAUCGCAUCGACCAACACCGCAAUCCCAUCUGGAGCCCGGUGAGCUAGCUAGCAUUACUAGGUUUGAUCUGGACGAUUCAUUUUGGUGGGUAUGGAUUACCAGUCUAGCUGGUGAAGAGACACCAGAUCGCAAGGCGGCUUUUGGAAGAUGUGCCCUUAUUGAAACGGUCAUCAGAAGUGGUAGAUGGCUGGUCAUGGAGGAGAUGGUUAAAGGCGCUGCUCCUGAACCCGAAGUUGGCGCAUAUAUUGCAGAAAAGAAAAGUUUCUGGGGACGAAGCAAGAAGAACAAAGUCUCCAGGCGAAAGUCGACAACAGGAAAGCAAGAACCGAACUCCAGCUUACGGCCAUCAUAUAAGACGAGCCAAAGCCAAGCUACGAGCAAGACCAGUAUUGGCCCAGAUCAGCAUGCUCGAAUCCAAGCCGCUGCGAUUCAACUACAGCAAAAGCAGAGACAGGUAGAUGAAGAUCAGCAGGUAGGCACUCGACGAGGAAGAGAUAUGGAUAUGAUGUCACAAAAGACCAGCAGUGUCUUUACACUUCAACCAGUCAUCAGAUCUGCUGCUUCUCCGGCGAUGCAAUGGGCGAACCAAUAUGACAAGGCUGCUAUUCGAGAAGCAUAUCUUGCUAAUGCUAAUCAUGGACGAGGACUUGGCGACGCAACGAUGCAGACAAAUGGCCACUACACGCAGAGCCAGGAUACCUUGAAACCCCAGCCGGAGGUCUCUCCAGAGAGAAACUUGCCAGCAGCGCCACAGGCAGGACCCCCCGUUCCUUCCAAGACGCCUACCCCGCCACCUGUAGCUUCCCCUGCACCAUUUCCACCGACUCCUGCUAGUGACCAACAUUUUGAGCUUUCUGAAAAGGCAACUGAGAUUGCCCUUCCAGCGGAGUCUCAUCCAGCAAUAGAAAGGCCUCCUUCUCCAUUACCUCAGCCAAGUAUGGAGGUUACUAGGCCGUCGGACGAUAAACAACAAAGUGGGUCCAGUCCUGAAUUGAAGAAACAACACAAUAAGCUAAAGAAGAAAGAAGCCGGAGGCGGCGGUGGAUUUAGGAAAAUGUUCGGAAGAAGCAAGAUACGCCCAUCCAAGGCCCAGGAAAGUGCUCCUCCGCAAGUGACCAACGGCCAAAGUAGUUUGCAACCCGGUGGCGGAGGCUUGGGAAGGAAGCUUUCGAAUAUGGGCCGUAAGAAAAGUUCAUCUCCUGGUCCAGUCGCACCGCCAACCCCGAAGAUAGAAUCCGUUGCCCAUAGUGUUAACGAAGACGAUGCCACCCCUAUCGCUACUCCUCAUCAGGAGUACGAACAUCCAUAUGAACCCUCGGUUGAAAGUCUUUCCCGUGUUGACACGGCUGAUGCCCAUGAAGCCAACCGAGCAUUCUCCAGCUUCGACCAAGGACCACUCGAAGACAUCCCGGCAUUCGUAGAAGGCUCUCCACGAGAGAGUGUAGAUGUCGCACCGCCGAAUAUCUCCCGGGCCCGUGAAUCAGAGGACGGCGCACCUUUAGAAAAAGAGCAAUCGCAGACCCAAGACCGAUGGGCACAGAUCCGGAAGAACGCUGCUGACCGAGCUGCGCAACGACAAAGCGAGGAGCAGAGUAGAGGAGGAUACAGUCAGAAGACUGAUGGUGAUGAUGGCGAGACUAGUGGUGAAGAAACAAUCGAGUCGCGAGUCGCGAGAAUCAAAGCCCGCGUCGCUGAGCUGACCGGCAAUAUGGAACAAUCUGGCGCGCUGCUUCACCUGCCCGCCGCUAAACCACACACCCAAACCCUUUGA